CCCCCCCCCCCCCUCCCUCCCCGCCGAAAAGUGUGGCCAAUUUCUCAAUUGUACUGCUAGAUUGGGCGCAGAAUCAAUGGACCCGAACGCUUCGUAUACCUGGUUGCUCGAUUUCGAGUCAGAUUGAGCCCAGAGCUGCAGGGAAACGCUUUUUUGUUCGUGCCUUUCCACAUGGAAAGAAGGGGGUUGGGGAGUCAUGGAUUUUUCUUGGUUGAUUAGGCUGGGUUUUGGUGGGCGAUGGGGAUUAGGUGCUGAUGUUGUGUGCCAAGCAUAAAUGGAUUUAAACCUGUUCGGCUGGAUUUCUUAGCGGUGCUCAGUGGGUAGCUCGUCGAAAAUGACAGCAUCUUUAUAAGCUUGUGGUACUGCACGGAUUAUCAUCUGGAUUUGGACCUUUGGAUUUCUUUGUUCAUGUUGAGUAGUGAGUCAAACUGAUUCCGUUUGUUCCACAAAGUAAAAAAAACUAAUAAUCAUGUGGUCUGUGGCCUUCCUAGAGAUGUAUCGAACAACAUUAACGCAGGGCCAGUGGUGACGAGAAGGCAGUGAGAGGUGAGGUCAUCUCUGCUCCUGUUUUGUCAUUCAAAGAUGAGGCAUCCAGAAGAAACGAUAUCAUGUCCUAUAAGCAUUUGCAAUGAUUAUGCAACGAGGCAGGCAUCAAUGUUCAAAACUAACUCCGGCUAAGUGCAUUUCUGAAUGUAAUUUGCUUGGUUCAUUUCGCACUUCGACCAAAACUGCAGGUAGCAUCUUCUACCUGCAUCAAAUGCAUAAUAGUUCAUUCAGUUAAGUGUAUGGCUGAAAAGUUCACAGGUUUUUUUGACUGUGAGGUAGGUGCAGGUCCAUUUAAUCUGUUUUUUAGCAUAUUAAAUUUAUCAAAGUUGAUAUUCCAGGCAGUCUUGUUGCAUUUAGUAUGUUAUUCAAUACCUUACAAGUUUGACUUCACAUCAUAGUCCCAUAGCAAGUCUAGCAGAUAGUAAUUAUGCAUCCUACUUCCAGCCUACUCAGCAGGUAAGCUAUUUAAGUUGAUCGCACAUCUCCGUAAUUAUAGUUUUCAAUACAGCUUCUCUAAUACAUGUGUUUCCUAAAUAAUUUAAACAUUUAUACAGCUCAAGACAUGAUAGAUACUGUCACGUAUUGCCUAGAUUGCCUCUGCUAUGUACUCAGUGGUUUAACCUAGUGGCUGGUGCACAACUGAUCUGUACCCUGUACGCUGUAGCUCUAAAGCAUUUAGAGUUAUGUUAGCACCUAUUGCCUGUGGGGUGCUUCUCUUAUGGUGUGUUUGGUUGGUGGGAUGGAUGGAGAUGGAAUGGAGCGGCUCCAUUUUUACUGGUGUUUGGUUCAGGAACGGUGGGACGGAGCGGCUCCAGCAAGGGAAUAUACCCCCAAUAUGCGGAACGAGACCGCUCGCCCAAACCGACCGGACGCGAGCGCUCGUCUCCCACACGCGCAAGAGUACCGUGCCCCUCACCUCCUGACGCCACCCGCCUGCAGGAAGAAGUUUGGCUGGAGGAACAAAGGCAACGUGUACGCCUCAGAAGCUGCAGCUGCAGCGCAUAUGUUACUUUCAAUGAUGGCCAUGGUUAUUCAAUCUAGAAGAAGAAAACGCCGCGAACCAAUUGGAACUGAUAAAAGUGAAGGUAUGAGCAAUGGGGAUGAUGCCAUUGCAGAAAGUGAUGGGCUGAACCAUGGUAUUGGUAAAAGUGUCAUCAAUGAUGAUAUAUCUUCAUCAUCUAGACCAGCUAAGAGAGCCAAGACUACUGAUGAUACCGGGAGAAAGACUGAUUGCUUGGUUGAAGCAUUUUAUCGUGGCAGCCAAAGGCUAGCAAAGGCAAUAGAGAAAGCAAGCAAUGCUUUACCAGAUGGUUUGUUUGAAGCCGUGGAUAGUCUCCCAGGUUUUGAGCUUCACCACAAGACUCGAUACUAUCAUCACUUGGUUAGGCAUCCUAAUGAUGCCCAUGCUUUCGUGAAUCUACCAUCCGAUUGGAAGCUAUCGUGGUUUUCGAGUUUUGUUAGUGAGAACUUCUAGCUUCUGGGUCGUGGUUAGUGUCAGGGUGGCUGCUGCCCUUAUGUUGGUUAGUCUAGUUGUUUCGGUUGACUUGAACUCAUGUAUGCGUGUAUUUUUGCAUGUGUCCUUGAACAAUGCACUUGGGAUCAAUUCUACAUAUUAUGUUAUGUUGAAACUCAGUUAAUUA